AUGAUGAUUAAUAAAUCCAAGUCAUUUGAUGACCAAAUACUCGACUUGCAAAUCGUCGACAAAGUAUUUCCAAAAACCUCAUUUACAGGCAAGUGUCAAGUUAUAGUCAAUAAAAUCCACGAGGCUGACUCUAUAUUACAGAUAUGGAAUAAAGAAAGAAAGCCACUCAAGAGUAACCUCUUCAAGCUUUUAGUUGAGGCCAUUUUUGUUUUGGGACCAGAUAUCGCUUAUUACCACAUGUUCAAGAUGGAACCUAUAAUGAACCAGUACUUUGAGUUUUUAAACAACCAACCAUUACAACCAAAACAGAAAAAACAUACAGUUUCGACUUUCUUUGCCGGUAAAACAACCACCGUUUCCAAUGCUCAUGCUUGGCAGGUUAAAUUAAUCAAAGGUUUUAUUGCGAUGUUGAGACAUGAAUACAAAGAAGCAGCAGAUUUAUUUGCAGAAUCUGUGGAAAUAUACAACAACGCCAUUGAUAACAACAACAACAACAACGGCAACAACAGCGACAACAACAGCAGCAACAACGGCAACAACGACAGUGAUAUCAAUAACACAAACAACAAGUGCAAUCUCGAUUUUAGUUCAAAAACUGCAUUUCUUGGAUGCCUCUGCCAAGCUAAUGAAGCAAACCAAUCUAAAAAGCAAUUGGAAGUUUUAGCAAUAAAAAUCUCCAAUAGCCCUUUUAAUUCAGCAUUGAAUUAUCAAGUUUUAGCUAAAGUAUACCAUAAAUUACACGUUUUGGAAAAGCAAAAAACAAGGAAAAGUAUUUUGAAAACCUUCAAACCAAACAACCGUAAUAUGGCUCUCAAAUGCUACAUUUCUGCAGCAACAUUAGCAGAAGAAGACAACUUGCUUAUUGCUGAAUAUUAUGACAAUAUUCUCAAUUUCUUAGUUGGCGAAAUUCGUGAAUGCAUCGGUAGCAGUAAAAAUACUGGCAAGGGCAACAACAAAGCCCAUAAUCAUUUGAGAAUGAGAUACUUGGUAUUCUUCUACCAAGUACGCAACUUAUUCUGCUUGUAUUCUGAUUAUAACUAUUUGCAUAUUCCUGGUCUAGUUUGCGAUUGGCAAGUCGUGAAACAAGACGAGAAAAUUCUAAACAAGAUUCAACAGUAUGUAGAUGGCACAAAUGAGAUCAGCGACGACGAAGAAGAAGAAAAUGAAGAAAAUGAAGAUGAUGAUCGCAAUGAUGAAAACGAUGACAAUAGUACUGUGCCUAGAGAUACAACUAUGCGUAGCAUUCGUUCUACUCCAAAAAGUGCUAAUCAAUCAGAAAUGCCUCCAGAUAAACUGUUUGACCUCAUUGACUACUGGGUUAAAGAAUAUCAAACAUAUAAAGGGGAGAUUCCCGAUGCUGUGAAAAAGUUCAUGCCAUCUUAG